AGAUGCAAAUGGCAAGACGGUGCACAAAAAGUGCAUUUCCCAAACAAUUAAAUACAGUGGCGAAUAUGUUAAUAUUGGCUGUGUAAUUUGAGCGGCAGUACAGAGAGCAACACCAGCAUGACAAAGGAGCACUGGAUGCAGGAGCUGCCGCCGGAGCUACGCGCUAUUUCAGUCAUUAAUUUGGCUAUUCCGGGUUCACAUAAUUCGAUGACCUAUGGAAUUAAUAGCAGCUCUGAGCUGGCACCCGAUGCGGAAAGCGCUAUUAAACGAUGGUAUCGCUUUUUUCCCUGCUUUGUGCGACGUUGGAGCAAAAAUCAAUCUUGCACUAUUUUGGAUCAACUGCAAAUGGGCGUGCGCUACUUUGACUUGCGCAUAGCACAAAAAGAUGGCAAAUUCUAUUACUGUCAUGGACUUUUUGCCAUGGAGGUGUUUGAGCCAUUGUUGGAGCUACGUCAAUUUCUUGACACGCAUCCGCAGGAGCUAGUGGUGCUUGACUUGCAGCAUUUCUAUGACAUGAACGUGCCGCAGCAUCAACAGCUGCAUACAGAGCUGUUGCAAUUUUUUGAUCAACGUCUUUAUGCGACAACAGAUGGUUCAUUGCUGGAUUGCUCCUUGGCGCGUUGUGAGCAGCUGCAGCGACAAGUGGUGCUCAUCUACAGACGCUGUCCCAUAGUCCUGCCCGUGCAGUUCUGGCCUAGCUUUGCAUGGCCCACACCAUGGCCCAACAAAGCGAGCAUUAAGAAACUGCAGGCAUUUCUAACAGACUCACUGCUGUCUCGUCAGCCACAGCAGGGUUAUGUCUCUCAAUGUUUAAUAACGCCUACGGGUCGCUAUAUAGCGCUACGUGUGUUCUUUACGCUAAAGGGCACAGCUAAGCGUGUGGAUAAGAAACUAAAGCCUUGGAUUCUAGAGCAGUCCCCUGGACCUUUUUACAGCGGUCAGCCGCCACGCGCAAAUGUCUUUCUUGCUGAUUUUAUACAGCUCAAGGAUGCACAAUUCUGUGAUUGGGUGAUUCAGCUAAACACAAAGCUGGAGCAAGCACAAGAAAAGGAGCAGGAGCUUUGAUGGGUUUCCAUUAUGUAAGUUUUAUACAUUUAUAAGUUAUAUGGUGCAGCUAAGUCUACGUACAAGCUUUAAUUUUAUAAUUGAUAUUAUUAUUUGUUUUUGUUGAACAACUUUACAAUUGUUUACUGUUUUAUAAAAAAUACACGCCUAAUGCAUUUAGAUGUGAGUAGUCGGCAUUUAUUGAAAUAAAUAAUGUGUCAAUGCUGAA